AUGUGUUGGUGCUCGUCGUGUCCACAAGGGGCCGCUGUGUGCGUCUGUCUGCAUCCGAAUGCAAAAGACACUGUGACUGAUCCUGUCCUGAGAUCAGGACAGACGUGGAGGACCAUGAUGCCAACUCUGAGAACUCUUCUGUUUCUGGGACUGUGGCAUUCCACAAGGAGAAGUUUGGCUUCCGCCCCACAGUUUGGGAAUCAACCCAAAAAGAUCGCUGUUGUCGGAGCGGGGAUCGGGGGCUCGGCUGCAGCGUAUUACCUGAGGCAGGAGUUUGGUCCUGGGGUUCAGAUCGAUGUGUUUGAGCCUGGAGAGAUUGGGGGACGUCUGAGCACUGUCCGGAUGGGAGACCAUGAGUAUGAGGUGGGAGGGGCCAUCAUACACCCCCUUAAUCUCCACAUGAAACACUUUGUGGACACAUUAGGGAUUCCUCCUCGUGAAGCUGUUUCUUCUAAGAUGGCGAUCUUUGACGGAGAGCAGCUGAUCUUUGAGGAGAGCGACUGGUUCUUCAUAAACAUGCUGCGUUUGCUUUGGAGAUACGGCUUCAACAUGAUCCGCCUCCAGCUCUGGGUCGAGAGCAUUCUGGACAAGUUCAUGAGGAUCUACCAGUACCAGCAGUUCGGGUACUCCUUCACCAGCGUGGACAGACUGCUUCAUGCCAUGGGGGGAGAGCACUUCCUGAGUCUGAAGAACCAGACGCUGCAGGAGGCCAUGAUCUCAGAGGGUUUCUCUCAGACCUUCAUCAACGACCUGGUGGAGCCCGUGACUCGGGUCAACUACGGCCAGAACGUCCGCAUCCACGGCUUUGUGGGUGCAGUAGCAUUAGCCGGAGCAGGCCCUGGGCUGUGGGCAGUGGAUGGAGGGAAUAAAAGAGUCUGCUCUGGUUUGUUGUACAACAGUAAAAGUGUCGUGAUCAAAGAGAGAGUGACGUCUGUGUCUCUGAAGCUGCGGCCGUCCAAGUCAGGUGCUGCCGGCAGCUUCUAUGAGGUGAACUCUGUGGGGGAGGGCGGAGCCUCCCACUCCUUGUAUGACAUCGUAAUAAUUGCGACCCCACUGCAUUCUGGGAUGUCUGACAUCAGCUUCUCAGGGUUCUCGCCCUCCGUCCCCUCACACUUCCCCGGACGCUUCCACCAGACGGUGUCCACUCUGGUGCACGGGCGCCUGAACGUGUCCUUUCUGGGCUGCAGCUCCUCAGAGUUCAGGGUCUCAGAGGUCCUUACCACUGCCUCAGAACGCUCCCUCAGCUCCCUCAACGCCCUGGACCCUGUGCACGUCCCGCCUGGAUACAGACGACCUCCUGGAGACCAGCAGAAGGUCUGGAAAGUGUUCUCCUCAGAGCCACUGACGCAGCAGCAGCUGCAGAGCAUGUUCCUGUCCUGGGACUCCAAGUCCGAGACUCGCUGGUUAGCUUAUCCCUCAUACUCCGCUCUGCAGAGGAAGCCCCCCCCCUUCAUCCUGCAUGAGCGUGUGUACUACCUCAACGCCUUGGAGUGGGCCGCCAGCGCCAUGGAGAUGAGCGCCAUCUCCGCCAGGAACGUGGCGUUACUCGCUCAUCACCGCUGGCACCAACAGAGCGGGAAGGUGGACCAGGAAGACCUCCACAUGCGUCUACGAGGAGAGCUCUGA